AUGAGUAUACCCGAUGAUGAUGUUAUACUAGAGGGAUCACUCAAAAGAUGCAAAAAAUCCAAGUUGUUCAAGUCAAAAUGGAUUGAACGCUACUUUGUGCUGUAUUGCCGUGAUCGUGGACGUAGUCUUUUUGCAAUUGAUGAAUACAAAUCAUCUCGAAAAAAUGAAUUGAAGAAACGGUUCAAACUGGAAAUUGUGGUUCGUGUCGAAUCGAAUUUAUCACUCUCGGAUCCCUCGGUUCUCUGUACUUCGGGUCAUAAUCCACGUAGAGAUGACACACUUCAUUCCAUUUUUGGAAUUGGAUUCCGGGUUCAAAAUGUUCUAAAACAAUUGUAUUUGGUGGCAAAGAACGAUGAAGAAAUGGCUUUAUGGGUCAAUGAAAUAUGCAAAAUCUGCGAAUUGCACAAACAACAUGAUGAAGGAGACGCUUCUCAAGCGGGUGAUUCUUCUAUCAGUGGAAUGUCAAUGUCAUCCCAAUCUCUCGAUAUGUCUAUCAUUGAGCAGCAACAGCAAUUCGCUGAAAAUCCUAAAACAAGCGGCGCUGAUUUAUCCAAUAUUGACGAAUCCGAAGACAGAAUGGGUCUUUUCAAUUUCGGAGGUUAUCGCAUGAGGCCCAUUUCAACACGGGCUUAUCAUUCUAGUGUUCGGAAAAAAAGUAUAGCUAGAAGUGAGACGGUUGCGGAGAGAAGAAAGUACUCAUCUCUUCCUAAUACACCAUCUGAAGAUACUCAAAAUGCAUUUGUGAAAAAUGAUAAGUUAUAUGCGAAUGCCCCAGUCACCAAUCAACAACAACAGUUCAAGAAAACGAACUCUGAUAACAAGAAAUACAUUCAAAUGAACCAAUUCAAGUCGGUCAACUCUCAACCUUCUAAUCCGAAUUACAACAACUUGCCAGAACCUUUAGAAUCCAGAUCGGAAACUUCAUCAAUGUAUUCAAGUAGAAGAACGGAAGACGAUAGUGUCAGCUAUACAAGUGGCCCGCCAAUUCCUCCACCACGUUCUAGAUACGCUGGUAAUGGUCCAGCUCGGUUUGUGAAGUUGUUCCACAACGGCCAAGUCAACCGACUUCACAUGAUUCCUGCCUCAACUUCAAUGAGUCAAGUGAUUCGAGUGGAAGAUGCCGAGGAUAGCAGUGGAGAAACAUUGAAAAUUGGACCGUCAUCUCAUACAGAAAAGUACACAGCUUCAUUCGAAGGAAUUCCGAUUUAUGAGAAGAACGGACGAACAUUGAUAAGAAGAGCACCACCGCCAGUUGAUAGAUCCAACAAACCGAAGAAUUUACGAGGAGAAGAUGAAGGAACUCGGUAUAAAAAAAAUAAUGCAAAGGAGAACUCCAACUACUCCAACUCAACCUUUUCAACCACUAAAUCCAACUUCUCAAACAAGACAACGAACUACAUAUCGGAAGCUUCGAAAAGAAGGAACUUGGACUAUUUCGAGCCAACUCAGCUGGUUGAGAACUCAAGUUCAAGUACAAUGGCUGCCGCCUCGACCAGGUCUCCAACGCCUUCAGAUAUUGAAUACAUCUCGGUGGAUGUCGAUCGAACACUAGCAUUCAAACAACUGCGACGGGCGGCUCAAUCCACUGACUGA